AUGGGUUGCUGGUCCGAUGACCUUCCACCGGAACUGCUUUCGCUCAUCUCCACUCUUCUCACGAAGAACUCCGACUACAUCCUGUUCCGAUCCGUCUGCGUCUCGUGGCGACGCGCAGCAGCUUCCCAGCCCCGUCAUCUCCCUCUCCAGCCCCCGCUUCUGAUCCGUUUCAACACCAUCAACAGUGCGUAUCGAGGCUUCUACAGCAUCUCCACCAACAUAACCCACUGGAUCCACCUCCCGGAGACCCUCCACAAGCGGUGCUGCGGUUCUUCCCACGGCUGGCUCGCCUUCGUCGACCGCAGCCUCGAAGUUUUCCUCUUCAAUCCACUCACCAGAGCUCGGAUCGACCUCCCAGCCAUAACGACCCUCGACUGCGUACAGGACGACUACCGAGCUUCUAAUCGUUGGAACGAAUACGGUGUUCUUCGAAUCGGCUAUAAGAAGUUCCGUAGCUCGAUAUGGACGCGUGACUACUGCAUUGAAAAGAUCGUUCUAUCCUCGAGUCCGCAUGCAGGUGUUCCUUGGACUGCCAUGGCCCUUCUCGGUUUAACAGGUGAUAUCAUGUUCUGGAGGCCUGGGGACGCGAAUUGGACCGUCAUCGUUCGAAGAAGACGGACGCUUGAUAUCGUAUGCUACAACGGGCUGUUUUAUUCUAUCGACAAUGCCGGAAAACUCGUGGCGGUGGAUGUGGAUGCUGAUCCUUCGGCCGAUGCCAAAACGACCGUCGUCGUGCAUCGCUCGUUCGACACAUUGGGGGACAGGAAAUACCUGGUGGAGUCCGAUGGCGAGAUCUUGUUGGCCGUUCGGUAUGUACAUGCUUUUUAUGGACUCCGUCACACUCACAGGACUCAUAGUUUUGAUAUCUACAAGCUCGAUUUGAAGGGAGAGCCAAAGUGCUCGAUGGUGAAGAGUUUGGGCGGGCGAGCAUUGUUCCUGGGUACAAACCAUUCCUUCUCCUUUCCCUCGGCCGAUUUUCCUGGAUGCAGAGGGAAUUGCAUCUACUUUACCGACGACUUGCAGGGCUACGUGUAUCGCUCGUUUGGAGGAUAUGGUUCAGGCUUAUUCAACAUAGAAGAGGACAGUGUGCAGCCGUUCCCAUGCUACCACCCUAUUGAUUCGCGCUUUGUUUGGCCACUGCCUGUUUGGAUUACUCCUAAUUUGUGCUAG